UCUGCCUUUCUUCACUUGACGUUGGGUGGGAUUUUACACAGUAGCACAGAAAUCUAGCUCCAAAGGUUUGUGAAAAUGCCCUGGACACCUGCUCUUCCAGCUGCGUUUUUGCUCUUCCUGCUUUUCCAGGGUACCCCAGCCCAGAAAGAUGUUACACAGGAGCCAGCUAUUCUCAUGGUUAAUGAAGGAGAGUCGGUCAACAUAACCUGCUCCGUUACUACCAAGGGGAUGCUAGUAGGGAUGUAUUUGAAAAAAGAAGUUGUAAAUGCCAUGGAAGUGUUAUACAUCACAAAUAAUGGUCAUAACCGUACCAUAGACUUUCGCUACAAAGACCGCAUCGAGAUCUCCGUUCUCCAGACAGAUGUGAGGAUAACGCUGCACCAGUUGCAGAAAAAUGACACUGGUUUAUAUGUCUGUAGAGGGAGUGUUCUAGAAAAUUACGAGCCCAAUUGUGUGUCGAGCCAAGGCACCAUAUUGAUGGUGAAAGAAAUGGAGCAGGCAGAGUGCCACGUGGCUUCCUGGAUGCCCUAUGUUCUGUCCUUCAUGGCUUUGAUCUUGGUUUCUGCGCUGGGAUACCUCAUUCUGUCUCACAUAGAUAUCAAGAAACACUGCCAAGAAGGAAAGGAAAAGCAAGCAAAUAUAGUGUACGAAGACAUGUCCUACACCCUUAGGCUCAACAACUUGGCCACAAGCAACCCUUAUAACAAUUAUUAGCAAGCUCUUGCUAGCUGAGGCGGUGUGGACAUCAGCAGCUCCUUCUCCACGUGCUUGAGCUAGAAAGGCUGACAUCUGACAAUCAUUCCCUUUAGAGAAAAGAAAAAAAUAUCUGCCUUGUGUCCUGUGCAAUAUUUCUGCUUAUUUCACUCAAUUGUGAAGACCACAAUGUAUAUGUAUAUGACUGGUCUUGCUUUAGGGUAAUAGCCAGAUGGCUGGGAUUCUUGCAUUAAAUUCAGGAAAUGGUGAGGUUAUCAGGCCCAUGCCAUCAUGUCUUUGUGCGGAGACAGAAGCUGCUGUCCCUCUUUCUGGCUCUUUGUUUGUUUAAUGUAGGUUAUUACACAACACAGCUCAGUAAACCCACCUCAGUGAUGCUGCACUGUACAAUGACUUUCAAAAUACCCUGGAGGGUCAGCUAACCUGGGCCACAAUCAGUAGCUAGACAUCUGACCAGGGAGUGGAUGAGCCUGGGCCAAAAUCACUCUGAAAUAUUUACCUUUCCCUUGGUAACGUGAGUUUGAAAACUCAGUGUGGUGAGUAAAAAACUACAUUAGCUCUGUAAUGGCUUAUAUAUAUAUCUGUUCAUUGGUUAGCAGGGAAGGAUUUAAUCCUCUUUCUCUCUGGCUAGAGGGUAGACCACAGCUGUCUGCCCUGAGUGCAGGGAGAUCCAGAGUUAGCCCAGCUGUGGUGAGUUAAUUAAUUACCUCCAGCCCCAGCACAGUAUAAAACAGGGGAAGUGGGCCUGAUAUUUGUUAUUGGAUUCAGGGUGUUUAGGAAGGAAGUUAGUGAAGGAAAAGGUUCUUUAAAGUUAAAAUUUUGCAUUUUAUUUGACUGAGGGACACUGUCUUGUAUUUGGUUUGCAAAGGGGACAAGAUAUUCUUUAUCUUGGGGGUAUACUUUGCCUUUGCCUACUUUGCAUUAUAAAGUUGUUCAAAGUGCACCAGUCCCCUUUCUCAGUUGGUACUGUGGGUGCUUAGCGCUUCUGAGAACUGGACGUGAGGUGUCCCAACUUGAGCAGCCCCAAUCAGGCUGCUUCUGAAAACCUUGGCUUGAGUAUCUCUAUGUUGUAACCACAGAACGAUGCACAAUAGAGUGUGU